CACACUUAGUCAGUACAAACAACAACAAAAUUCCAACGCAACGAAAAAGUUGUCAAAACUCGGAGAUUAGCUUAAAAAUAUUAGUUACAGUGUGUAAAUAUAGCCGCGUAGCUUGUUGGAAACGUUUCGUAUAGCACGGUGUCGAAAUAAAAGACCAAUCUCUUAUCCGAUUCGUGUACUCGUACCGUACCUUGCCCACAAUCCCCAACCCCCUCUCCCAUGCGUCCCAUAACUGUGUCAACUGCAACGUCGCGUGUGUGAGUGCUUCCCUUGCGCGCGUGUGUGUGUGUUUGUGCAAAGAGUGCACCAAUUGAUAAGCAAUUUAUUUCAAUCUAAAUAUAAUUAAAUUUAAAACAAUCUGUGCAUAUCAUAUCCCAAAAUCGUAUAUAUGUACAUACAUACAUACGUAUACAUAUAUAAUUGUGUAAGCCUUAUAAAUAGAUCGCAUCAUUUAUGCAGAUCUUGAGUUCCGCAUUUUUUUGAAUUUAUAACGAAGCAACAACAACACAAGCGGGUUUUUUUGUUUAUUUUUCAAGACCACCACCGAAAAAAGCAAUACCGCUCCAAUCAGCUGUUGGAGAGCGGCUAAGAGAGAGAGAGGCCUGUAUGUGCGCGCCAAAAACGACACUUUAACGCACAGUGGGUUGAUGCCUGUUUAAAGCUGAUGAAAAUCUUUACAGCUAAGAAAAAAGAAGAAUUAAAGAAAAGUCUACAUUUAUUCCAGUUUUUAUAUUGUUUUUAAGUCCGUUGUUGUACGCGUGUGAUCCAAUCAAGUAACAAGUGAAACAAAGUAGGAUAAAAAAAUAGUGCAAAAUGAGUGAUAUUUCGCCGGAUACUCCUGCGGAAGGAGCAGCAGCAACGCCACCAGCAGAAUCGCCAGCAGCAGCGGCACCAGUGGAACCAGCAACAGAAUCGUCAGACUCCGAGCUGACGGUGGUUGCUUCAAGGAUACCAGCUCCCAGCAUUCGCUCGAAUAUACCAACGCCCGCCUCCUUCGUGACCGGAGCAGCACCCACCAGCAGGCUGAAGGCGCCCUCCAACUUCGGGUCCACGACCUCCAUCAGUUCCGUGUCGAAGAUUGGGCGACCCUGCUGCAAUCACACAACGCCCAAGUCGGGCCCACCUCCCAGAGACACAAACAGCAUGAGUCGUGAAAGCGAUGACAAUUUGAGUUCGAUUAAUUCGGCUUACACAGAUCUCUAUCAAGAGACUGUCAAGCGCUUCACGCGCUCCUCGCUCUCACCCACAUCCGACUGGGAACGCUAUGCGGCCUCGCCCUCGCCCUCGCUCUCGCGCCGCUCGAUCAAAUCCGAGACUGGAAGUCGCACAUCUUAUGAUCAUUAUCUAGAGGCCACUGGGCGACGUCGCAGCUCAGAUCACAACAGCGUCGUGCUGACAGCCAACACAGAACAGUUUAUCAUCGGCCAGAAGGUAUGGGUUGGUGGUCUCCGUUCCGGACAGAUAGCCUACAUCGGCGAGACACACUUUGCACCCGGCGAAUGGGCGGGCAUUGUCCUGGACGAGCCGAAUGGUAAAAACGAUGGCUAUGUGGCGGGCAAGAGGUACUUCCAGUGCGAGCCCAAGCGCGGCAUCUUCUCGAGACUUACGCGUCUCACGGUGUACCCCAUGUCCGGGGCCCUUACACCCACAUCGCCCCUGGCCAAAAACUCUCCUGAACGUUCGCGAACAGUCUCGCCGACGGCCAGCAUCCGCAGCUCCAUGAUGCGCAGUCCUGGAAUAGGCAAGAACGGCAUGGCUGUGGGCGAUCGUGUGAUUGUCUCAUCGGGCUUUGGCAGUCGUCCGGGAAUUCUACGAUAUCUGGGCGAGACUUCCUUUGCCCCUGGCAACUGGUGCGGUGUUGAGUUGGACGAGGCCAGCGGAAAGAACGACGGAGCUGUAGAUGGUAUAAGAUACUUUGAGUGCAAGCCAAAGUAUGGGGUGUUUGUCCCGAUUGCCAAGGUUUCACUGUCGCCGUCGUCGAAGAAAUCUCGUCUGUCACGCGCCGGGUCGCGGGAAUCCCUCACAUCGAUCGGCACCAUGAACAGCAUUGCCACAACGAAUACGUCGCGCAUGCGCAUGAAUGCUCAGCAGCGCAAUUCGAGCACGCCCGUCAGACCCAUUGGCACGACGCCGAAAAACCAAUUUUCCAUGCAGGACCUCCUGCGCGAGAAGCAACAGCACGUGGAACAGCUGAUGAUGGAGCGCGAACUGGAUCGCGAGGACUCACAGAACCAGGCGCUGCAGCUGCAGAAGAACAUCAACGAGCUAAAGUCCAGAAUUAUCCAAUUGGAGUCGGAGUUGGGCGAUGAGCGGAAGAAAUCGGAGGAUUUACAGUUCUCUAUAGACGAGGCCCAGUCCUGUAGCGAGGAGUAUAAUGCUCAAUCCCAGGUGUACAGGAAGAAGAUUCACGAUCUGGAAUCGAAGAUCACUAAGCUGGUGUCAGGCACGUCCAGUCUGCAGAGUUUAGCCCCCCAAGCAGCACCACCCACCUCAGACGAAGCAGAGGAGAGCCCACUGCGGGAGGAGAUCACCCAACUGCAGGACAAGUUGAGUGCCCAGAAGCAGGAGACUGAGGACCGCCUGGCCGAGCAGCUGGAGGAGGAGCAGCGGCUGCGGGAGAACCUUAAGUACCUGCAAGAGCAGAAUGUCAUUUUGCAGGCUGAGCUGGUAGCCAAGGACGAGUCGCUGGAGAAGUUCUCUCUGUCGCAGAGCGGCAUCGACAAUCUGCGCCGGGAACUGGCCCUGCUCAAGGAGGAGAUCGACACGCAGUCGCAGGAGGCCCAGGCGCUCUUUGACCAGAAGCUGGCGGCCAAAGCGGAGGAGCUGGCGCUAGUGGCCGGGCAGCUGCAGCAGCUGAAGAGUGCCUCCAAUUCGAUGAUGAGCCAGCGGGCCAACAUGUCCGAAGAGUGCGAGAUCCUGCAGAUGGAAAUCCGCAUGCGGGACGAACAGAUCAAGGAGCAGCGCCAGCAGGUGGACGAGCUAACGACUCAGUUGAAUGUGCAGAAGGCGGACAACUCCGCCCUGGACGACAUGCUCAGGCAGCAGAAGGCGAGCGCCGAGGAGAGAGGCGUUCAGCUACAGAAGCGCCUCGAUGAGCUCAAACAAAUAAAGGAGGCUAUGGAGAAGCACGAACAGCAGACGCAGAAAAUGGAGCACAAGCUGUCUGAGGUUAGGCAAUUGGCGGACCAGGAGAAGCUCAAGCAAGAGCAAAGUCUGACGGCCAUCAAGCAACUCGAGCAGCUUAAAUCGUCCAUGGAGGAGCGGCUGGCCGCCAAGCUAUCUGAGCUCGAGGAAUGCCGAAGAGAGCUGAUCGAGGCGCAGUCCAAGCUCAAAGAGACCAGCCAACUCAAUGCCGAAAAGGAUUUUCAGCUAAGCGAGUCCACAGAGACGCUAUCCCAACUCUGGCUGGAGCUGGAGAAGAAGUCCGAGGCAUACGAAACCCUGCUGGCGAACUUUGCAUUGCUGAGGACAAGCCACGAAUCGACUGUCGCGCAAAAUGAGCUGGAGCUGCAAGCUGUCCAAGCGCAGUUGGACACAAAGAAAGAGGCCUUGAAGACGGUCGAGGACGAGCUGAAGCAACUGCAGCAGCAGGUGGCAGAGUCCGAUAAGGAGGGCAACGUGCAGUUCGCCAGGCUGGAGGAGAAGAUCUCCGAGCUGAAUGUGCAGACAAGGAAAGCUGCGGCAGCUCUCGCCUCCAGCCAGGCGGAAGUAGACUCCAAGAACAGGCAACUGGAAAGUACAAAUGCCGCCCUGAAGGAAGUUAACAAAGACUAUGCGGAAUCUCGAGCAGAGGCUUCGCAGUUAGAAGAAUGUCUCCAGCAAAUCUCUGAACAGCUUCAAUCUGAGCUGCAGGCUGAAAGAUCUUCGUCGAGCGACCUUCACAUGAAGUUGACAAAAUUCAGUGAGCAAAUUGCCAGCGGCCAGAAGGAGCUGACCAGCAAGGCCGAUGCCUGGGGCCAGGAGAUGCUGCAGAAGGAGCGCGAGAUUCAGGAUCUGCGCCAGCAGCUGCACUCCAGUCAAGAGGCUCUGGCCAAGCUGAAAGCGGAGUCAGAGCAGCGGGAAGGAGCGCUGGAGGAGUCCAUCCGGCAUCUGAAGGAGGAACUGGCCAAGAUCCAGGCGGACCAGCAGCAGUUGAGCAGCGGCACCCAGGGGACCAUCAAGGAGCUAAAGGAGCGCCUGGAAAUCACAAACACGGAUCUCCAACACAAGGAGAAAAUGGCCCAGGAAGACGCACAAAAGAUCAGCGACCUGAUGACCCUGGUGGAGGCCAUUCAGGUGGCCAAUGCCAAUAUAUCCGAAACCAAUGCAGAGCUGUCCACGGUGCUGGAAGUGCUCCAGGCGGAGAAGAGUGAAACGAACCACAUCUUCGAGCUGUUCGAAAUGGAGGCGGACAUGAAUGCCGAACGUUUGAUCGAGAAGCUAACGGGCAUGAAGGAAGAGCUGAAGGAGACCCAUCUCCAGCAGAAGGCGGCGCAGAAGAAGUGCAAGGAACUGGAACUCAAGCUGCAGCAACGGAAUGAGAGCGAUCAGGAACUACAUGCAGAGCUCUUGAUAGCCACAGAGCAAAUGCGUGAGCUGGAGCAGGCAAGGAUAGAGCUGCAGGAAACUAUAGAAAUGAAAAACCUGCAUUCCGCAGAUCUGGAGGUAAAAGAAAAGAAAUCCGACACCCAGUUGGACGCUCAAAGGCUAUCCAUUAAGGAGCUGGAAGCGAAACUCGAAGAGGCCCAUGAGGCGCUUGGCAAAUUCCAGGCGGAUGUCGUCAAGUCCGUGAUGGCACUGCAGCAGUUGCAGAAGGACAAUGAACAACUUGAAGGCUCUCUGGCAAAGAAGAAAGAACUUGUUAAAGUAUUGGAGGCAAGACUAGCUGAAACUACGGUCCAGUUGGAUACCCAACAGGCUGAGAACAAGGAACUCCUGCAGAAACUCGAACAGACCCAGCAAAAGGAGGGAGUCCUACAGGAAGCCACCACAGAACAACUCCAACAGCUAAAACAAGCCAAGGGAGAGCUGCAAGACGCCCUAAACAAGAAAGACAGCACAGUAAAAGAGUUAGGGGCAGAACUAAAGGAAACAAAAUCGCAGUUGGACAGCCAAAGAAGUUCCCUCAACGAGCUCCAGGAUAAGCUUGAGAAGGCCCAGCUGAAGGAGAGGAAUGUUCAAGAGGAGGUCCUCAAAUCAGCCGAGCAACUGCGUCAACUCCAGCAGGCCAACGAGGAGCUGCAAACGUCCCUACAGCAGAAGCAAGGUCUUCUGGAAAAGGGCAACGAAUUCGAUGCCCAGCUGUCGGAAUACCAGAAAGUCAUCGACGAGAUGGAUGACUCGGCCAAGUAUAAGUUCCAUGAGGUGGAAGUGCUCCAAAAGAGAGUCCAUGAACUGGAGGCAGCGCUGCACAAGGCCAAUGAGUACCAAAAGACAGCGAUCCUCGAGUCUAAGCAGAUGAGUCGCCAGCUGGAGACCAUCGAACGGGAAAAAACCCGGGAGAUUCUGGCCCUGAGGGCGCAGGUCAACGGAGCGUCGCCCAGAGUGGUAGUGGGGGAUCAGCCCGAGAUCCUUCCCAUGCAGACGGAAAACUCAGAGGCCAAGAUCAACUUCCUGAACUCCAUCAUAGCGGAUAUGCAGCAGAAGAACGAUGAGCUCAAGGCCAAGGUUCAGGCGCUGGAAACGCAGCCAAUGGACUUCACCAAACCACAUGCCUUUGAUAUAAUUACUAAGCGUAAGCCGGCGCCGCGUCUCUUUUGCGACAUUUGUGAUGAAUUCGACAAGCACGAGACCGAAGACUGUCCGAUCCAGGCUAGUGAAGAUCGGGAUUACUCGCCGCCGCCGACCAGCGAAACAAACAAUAAUGAGAAAAAGGAACGCCAGCUGCCGGCCCCACGGAAAUACUGCGAGAGCUGCGAAGGAAACUUUCUUUGCCUUGCAGCCUUUGGCCACGACACCAGCGAGUGCGCUGAUGAAGAUACCUAUUAGUUAGAACAAUUUCCGAGCAACCCGUUUAUAUGUUUUGUUUUUUCGCCCCCUAAACGAUCCGAUAGAGAAACCUUUUACCUCAGCAGAGCUUCAAACUCUCGGAAGAGCAAAUUGUCUCCCUGGCUGCGAUGUAGCGUUUUAUCAAAAUUUUAAUUUGUCUACAUUUAUCUUAUGUGUAUGCUACGUACGCUUAGUGCAGGUUCCUUUGGUUGUUUUCGUAAACUUUUCGAGUGUAAAAAUAAAUUAUUUUAAAAUAAAA